GCCUCUAGCGGAAGUGGCUGAUAUUGGAAGAAAGUGGAAGAAGCGCCCGGGCCGUCUGUUGUUGCAGCGUGGUGGCAGGCUUCUGCUCAAUACGGAAGCGACCUCUCCCCGACUGCCCCCCGUUAAUUGGCCACUAUAACCCCAAGGACUGCAGCCUGGCUAAUAUACUCCCCAGCGGGUCAGACCUCAGUUCAGGUCACGGCACAGGAAUCUGCUGUGACUUGAGAAUGUGGAACAAGACCUCUUAUGGAUGAAACAGCAACAGGCAGCCGGAUUGUAGGUGGACAUGAUGCUCAGCCUGGGGCAUGGCCGUGGCAAGUUAGUCUUCAAGUUUACCAAUUUGGUGUAGGAUAUCACCAUAUAUGUGGUGGAUCUUUAGUCAGUAACAGCUCCGUGCUGACAGCAGCACAUUGCACUAAAAAAUGGAUGGAUCCAGAUUUUUGGAGAGCUGUGAUAGGAUUGAAUCGACUUUAUAGAUACCAGUCUGAUAUUGUAAUGUCUCGGGUCAGUAGUAUCAUGAUCCAUUCUAGUUACAAUGUGUACAGCUAUGAACACGAUAUUGCUGUGUUUAAAUUAAUCAAGUAUAUUCCAUACAAUGAACAUAUUCAGCCCAUCUGCCUACCUAACACCUCUCUGGUCUUGACGAAUGAGACCCUGUGUUACAUAUCUGGAUGGGGAUCCUCAAGGGAGCAAGGUAAACCCAAAUAUAUAUUACAAGAAGCUCAGGUGGACAUUAUUUCUCUACACAUCUGUAAUAGAUAUGAUUGGUAUGGAGGGGCAAUAUCCUGGAAUAUGCUUUGUGCUGGCUCUGAAAGUGGUGAUGUUGACAGCUGCCAGGGAGACAGUGGUGGACCUCUGAUGUGCUAUUUCCCAGAUGUCUCCAAGUAUUAUCUGAUAGGAAUCACUAGCUUUGGCGUUGGCUGUGGCCUACCCAAACGUCCAGGAAUCUAUGUACGUACAUCUCACUACAAAAGUUGGAUAGAGUCAUGUAUUUCAUCUCAGAAAGAAAAUACUGCAGACAUUCCAUUUUUUCUUUUCUUUUUGAUAAUGGGACAGGUAACCUUGCAUCUAGUUGAAUGAAGAUGCAAACUGUCCCUCCAUUGUAUUAGAAUUAUCUCAGAUUGUUUUUACACACAUGGUAUUUUCUUGUUUUGAGCAAGUCUAUCCUGAAUAAAAUUCAUCGACUCACCUCCAAUUUACCAUUGCAGUGACAUCCCAGGGUUUUCUGUUGUAUCAGGGAGAAGGGGUGAUUUUUGGCAAUCCCUUCACUUUUCUCUACAGCUGCUUGUGCCUCCUGAAACUAUGUACCUGAAGGUUGCAAGACCCUUAGGUAUGUGCAACCUGUUAUUCCCACCCCACCCCGGUUCAAAUAUAUAUUUAAUGUGUAACUUUAAAAAAUGUAAGCCCAAGGGGCAAUGUUCAGUUACAGUUAUAUUUUAUAGACUAUACACAAUUUGAUACUAAUACUAUUGUUCAAAGUGGGACAGAGCAUGCAACAGUAAUUUAGCAUAUAAUGUGUUUUUUAUCAAGGUAGAGGACUGAUAAUGUACACCAUUCAAAUGAUAAUAUUCCAAGAAUGGAACUUCUGUAUUCUGAAAUAUAGAGGGACAAUGUACUUAACAAAUACCAAAGGUUGCCGUAUUCUUCUGGUUUUUAAAAUAAAAUGUGUUCUGUAUCUGAAUACAGAUACCAUGUUUAAACAUCCUAAUAAAAGAUUUAUUCAAUUCCUCAA